AGUCAUUCCCAACCCAGCCCUUUAAAGCAGUCCGACUUAUAAAUUUUUUUCUUAAUUUGGGCGUAAACUAAAGAAUUUAGUGUUACUAAUGAUGGUGUAUUCGAGAAAUGGAUGCAAUUGGAUUCUAUUAAUUGUAAUUACUGUAGUUAUCUUAAUAUUUACAGUCUAUUCCAGAGUUGAAAUUCAGAAGAAGGGAGCUGCUAUUAAUAAAUAUAAUAGUUCAAGUACAAAUUCGAAUAAACCUAAGAAUUUGGCUUAUGAAAUAACUGAUUGUUUCACAAGUAAAAGUGAUUUAAAGUCUAUUUAUAGAUGUGGAAGAAAUCAUCAUUUGGUUCCAUUCUUCAAGGAAGACAAAUUCUUUCAAUUUAUUGGUCCUUUUCUACAAAUAUUUUCAAAAAGAUUACAUAAUUUCACUACAGAUGGAUCUAUAAACAACAGAUUUGCUUUAUGGUCAUUCUUGAGGAUAAUGCAACCUGAGCACGUGAUUGAAAGUGGUGCCAACAAAGGUUAUGGAACAUGGCUUAUCCGCAAAGCUCUACCCAAAGCAAGAAUUACAGUGAUUAGUCCAACAACACCAAACCAAUAUUUAGAUAAAAGAAACUCAACGAAAUAUUUUACGAGUAAGAAAUUUUUGGAUUUCAACAGAAUUGAUUGGUCGAAAGAGAAGAUUAAACGUGAAAAGACAAUCGUCUAUUUCGACGAUCAUCAAUCAGUUUAUAAAAGAAUUGUUCAAGCUGCUAAACACGGAUUCAAGCAUAUCAUUUUUGAUGAUAACUAUCUUGCAGGUUCGACCAGUGGCCUAAGUAAUAAUCUUUCCGUAAGACAGGCUUGCGACGCGGCUGGAUGUCUAGUUAAAGUCUCAUCCCAAUUCUAUACAAAACGAUACAUUGAUAAUUUUGGUGCUUAUAAUAAAUCAUUCGAAUUGAAUUCAAAAUUUCGACAAAAAGUUGGCAGUAACCUUGACAAAUUACUAUCAGUUAUCUACGAACCACCAUAUCUUUGCGAUAUUUUACUUUAUCCAUUUGAUGCUCAAAAGAAGAGUACAUAUAAAUUGUUCAGAAGCACUGUAACUCCUUUACUUACAAAGAAACAUUGCAAAAGUAUUCAAAUUAAUAUGAAACUACCCCUUAGAGGAUUUCGGAGUUAUGCAAAUACUGUCUAUGUACAAUUAAAGUAAGCUAAAUAUUCUAGAAUUUGAUUCAUCAGUAACGUGUAGCAUUGUAUAAAACCGAGUUGCAUAUUCAAAAGAGAACUAGGUAAGAAUUGAACAUUAAAUUCUUUAAUAUUAAAAAAUAUCAUAUUGUGGAAUAUAUCAUUGUUAGUGCUAAGUUAUAGGCGAUUCUUAGGAUGCGACAGAAAACGGCCCCAAAAGCAUAGUUUUACCCUAAGCCUAAACCAUCCCUAAUGUAUCCGUAACCCUUUUUCAUUACUCCUAACCCUUAGAUGGGACCCCUUAACUACAAAUCAAUAAAUGCUUUUUUCCUCCUAACCCAUUUCUUAACCCAAAAUGCUGCCUUCAAAUAUCCUUCUUGGGGCCGUUUUCUGUUGAUCCCCGAUUAUUCUUAUAUAUAUACAGUAUAAUGCAAUUGAACUCUUAUCAUCGUUCAUGUGUUUGAAGCAUGACAAAUCUAAUAUUAUGUUUUUUAUUGAAUACUUGACUUUAGACUUUAGACUUUACAAACCUUGUCAAGUCUUAUACAACUUUUUAACCUUUGAAAACAACUACUAAAAAGUCAAUAAAUGUAAAGUGGUGAAAGAAAUUUUUCAUUCGAUGGAUUAUGUUUUUGUAGGGGCUAUUUUGAAGGGUAAUCAAUGUCCUUGUUUUAAAAAAAAUUUGACUAAAAUGUAGGAAAUUUUGUCUAGUUUUGAGUAGUUUUCAGAUACCUCUACCUCUCCUAGUUUACAAAUUAUUUACAUAUUUUUGUGAGGAUUUAUAAUUCCAUACAAAAUUUUUUUGGAAAAGGCAAGCAAAUUGAUAGACAGUUCUUGAAGUCAAUUGGUGUUCCUCUUGAAUAAAUAAAGGAAAGAGAAGGUUAUAAAACUAGAUUCAAAUCCCAAUAUGUCAAAAUCUAUUAGUUUUUCUUCUUACUGUUUAAUUAUAAAUAAACUCGUCCAUUUAUUUAUUAGGACUAGAUAAUGACCUAUAUAUUCUCACCUGUACUUAUGAAGGAUUCCAUCUACAAACUAUGUGACUUGGAACUAGCUAAAUUAAAAAUUGAAUAAUUAAUAAAGAUAAAUGAGAAAAGUAAAAAGGAAUAAUCUUGUUCUUUGUUCAUCAUAGACAAUGUUAAAAUUAUCUCUUAUAAGUAAAUUAAUCAAAAAUUCACAACCUAAUUCGAAAUGCAAAAGAGGAAAAGGAAUAAACAAUCAAGCACAAUUCAAUAUCAUUUGUCAAAUGAUUGUAUUAAAGAGAAAACACAUUUUAUCGUAAGUCAUUUAAUUCAAAUUAGAGAAAAGAAAGGCAGUCAUUUUAAAAGAGAAAACUUGAACAGUUUAUAAAAAACUAAAGAAAUCAUGAAUGAUUAGGUAUGAUCGGAAUAUUUCAAUCACUUUGUAUUUUUGGUGAUAUUUUAGUGAUCCAAACAGAUAAUAAUCAAAUGGUGGGUAUGAAUAUAUAGACCAUUCUAGAUUUCUAUGAAAUUUUUGGUAUGAGGUCUGGCAUUAUCAUGUUGCAAUAUGAUCUCUUUUCCAGACUUUAUUCUAUAUAAUCUCUUCAUAACCUCUUCUGGGUCUUCAUAUAGGUCAAAAAAGCCUCUUAGAUUCUGGAUCAUAAAGAUGUACGCAACCUUCAUCUCCAGUAACUAUUUCUUUCAAAAAGUCUUCUUUUUCACCCUUGGAGUAGCUAAGUAAUGAGGAAUGUGAGGGUACAUUUUUAAACAAAGAUUUUCCUUAAUAUAUGAAUUUUUUAUUAUAUGAAACUAUUAUUUUAAGCAUAGAUCAAUAAACUUUUUAAGUUAACUUUUAGAAAAUUUUUCGGUAGCCAAUUAAGAAUAUGAUUAACAUGUCAGAGCAUGAAAAAGUCAUCUUUGGACUUUGAGAUUGCCUUAUUCUAAACACAACAAUACAUGGAUGUUUUUUCAUUUCACUUAUGGGUACAGUUUAAUCUAUGUACGGUUUCACCUGCUCACCGCCAAGUACCUUUACGUCCAUUUGGUCCUCAUUAAGAUCUUAUGGAAUCCAUCUUGCAUAAAUUUUUCUAUACCCCAACUCCUUGAUCAUCUUCCCAACAGCCUCUUAAUAAAUAUUUAAUUUUUUGCUUAUUUCUCUUUGAGAUGCAGUCUGAUCUCUCCUGAUAAGCCUGUCAAUUGUUUCUCUAUUUUGAUCUAUUGCAGAUGUCUUUGGGUGACCAGUUCUUAGCAAGUCUUCAAAGUUUUUCUUCCAUUUUUAUGUUGGAUUCCCACCCUCUUACCUAACCUUAACUGAGAGUUUCAUUCCCAAAAUAGCUUUUUAACAGUGUGCAAACUAUUCAUUGAAGAGGCCUUCUCAUGCACUAAAAAUGGGAUAAUUUCUCAUUGAUCAGAACAUGUAGAUCUCCUAAUUUGCAGUUUGGCUUAUACCAAAAUAAAUUUGUAUUGGCUUGACAGAAUCGAAUGACAGUAUACAGUGCAGUAUUGCGAUUGUAUCUAAUAUAUUAAAAUAGUCUAUUCUAACACUUUUAUUGGAAUUCACACCAAAGCAAAUCUUAAUUUAAGAAUACUUUGGUCGUCUGUUGCUUCAAAAUUCUAACAUUUUCACAUAUUGAUUAAAGAUGAAAGCCUACAGAAUUGUAUUUAUUUUUAAAAAAGGAAUAUCAGAAUAUUUGGGUGUUAUUGUAUACAUUCUAUUAGAUUUAUAAAUUGCACCAGUUUUCAAUGGCAUCCAACAUUUCGGAUGCGAAUUUGUUGGUGGAAACUAUAAUCAAUCUCGUAUUUAUUUUUGCAAAUUAUGAACAAAAUUACUUCCAGGUUGUCUAUUGAGUCUCUGUGUGUAUAUAUAUAUAUAUACCGUUUGUAGGUCUAAUUACCUUUGAGUAAAACUAAUAUUGCAUUCUGAACGUUAAAUAAACACCAGAUGCCUACUUGUUUGAAUAAGAGGGUUAGGGUUCUAAACCUAAAUAUUCGCUAUUUAAGUUUUUAUAUUACAUUAUUGAAGUGAAAUUUUCUUCUUAAUGGAGAUUUCAAUGCAAAUAAUAAAAAAUAUUAAUAAUAUUGACAUACUUGACGAAGUACA